UCUUUCUCGUUCUCUCUCUCUCUGGUUGUCUAUCUCUCUCUUUCUUUCUCUCUCUCUCUCUUUCUCUCUCCCUCUCACACUCUCUCCAUCUCUCUCUGGUUGUCCUUGUGAUAACGAGAUAAAGAAGCCGAACAACACUGAAGCCAAAGAACAGAGGGAUGAGAUAGAAACGGUUGGAUCAAGUAGCUGUACUCAUUAUAGCCGAAUUAUUAAAUCAAGUGGAACAUAGCCUAUGUAUUGACUAAUAGCCUAGCAACGCCAUAAGAUGCGUCUUUCGUGAUAUCUUCACGGAUCUUUUGAUCUGCCAAUUUUUUUUUAAACUCAGACUGCGCUUUUUCAGUGUUGUUGAACUAGAUAGACAAAUCCUAUGUUUUUUUCUCAUAACUAUUGAUUUCUGACGCCGCCAACCUGAAGUUCAUCGUUAUCAUCUUGGCCGCCGGGAUGGUGGCCUUCGUUGGAGCAGUCAUCUGCAUCAUCGCCGCGGUCCAUACCGGCUCCGCUGCCGAAUCUCAGCAGCAGCCUGUCGCAGACAACCAGUCGCAGUCUCCGGACGCUGGAGUGCAGCAGACUUUCCCCGGGGGCUCCGUGGCGCGAGCGGGUCCACUGGGCGCUCUCCAUGGUUCUGAAACGCAGGACGGAGAAGCGCCCACUUUCUUCCACGUCCCCAGCGGCUCAGACCGCAUUGGUGGAACUAGGCAGGUUAGCAGACUUAUCUGCACCCCAGUCCCGGCCGGAGAAUGCAACCCCAAAAACUUUCAGCAACAAGCCGACGACCCGUCGCUGUUCGCGGGUGAGGACUGGGGAUACCUCCGCACCACGGCAGAGGAACUCAAACAGACAGUUCUCCAGCAGAAGGACCAGAUUAUCACCGACCAGCGGACCAUUAGAGAUCUGUCAGGCAAGCUUUCGGAGUGUGAGAGCGGAAUAGAGGGGCGUAGAGUACCGGAGAGUAGCGCGGGGCUCUGGGGAGGUAAGAGGGUAGAUGAGGGCCGGCUCAUGGUCCGGGACAGUGCUCCGUCGUCGUCUGUGGCACAGCUGCUCACCGCCCAGGCUGUAGGCGAGCUGGAACAGGCUAUCGUUCAGAUGAAAGACCGCAUAGAGAAACUGGAGACAGAUAUCGGACCGCUGGCGCUCUCUCACAACCACACGGAUGCAGCAACUGCGGUGACUUCAAGAGGGGCAGGUGGUGGUGGGCUCUCUGAGGCCCCUGAUCGCUGGGGUGAGGCAAGGCUAGUGGGGCAGGCCCGAACAGGGGAUGGACCAGAGCAGUGGCCACGGAUGGAGGAUCUGGAGGGAGAGCUUGAGAGGAAGCUGGAACUCCUGGAGAAGGAGAGGAAGGCCCUGCGAAAGGAAUCCCAGAGACACAGGCAGGAGAUUGACCAGGGGAUCAACUCCCUACACCACCGCAUUGCUGGCCUGGAGGAGGGACUCUCAGAGUACACCUACCCCGAGGGCUACAAGCUGUCCUUCCCAACACGUACCAACUAUAUGUACGCGGUGGUACAGCACCCCAUCCCUGAGCUGCGUGCCUUCACCGUGUGCCUCUGGCUGAGACCCGCCGAGGGGGGCAUCGGCACCCCUUUCUCCUACGCUGUGGCGGAGCAGCCCAAUGAGCUAGUUCUGCUGCAGGGCAUGCACACCCCUGUGGAGCUGCUCAUUAACGACAAGGCGGCAGAGUUACCUCUGAACCUGUCCCGGGGCAGCUGGCACCACAUCUGUGUAAGCUGGAGCCAGAGAGGCGGGGCGUGGCAGGCCUACCAGGGGGGCAAGCUGAGAGGAGAGGGGCAGGGCCUGGCAGCCUGGCACCACAUCAGGCCUGGGGGAGUCCUCAUCCUGGGGCAGGAACAGGACACUCUGGGCGGACGUUUCGACUCGUCCCAGGCCCUGGUGGGGGAGCUAUCCCAGUGGAACUUAUGGGAGCGGGUCCUGACCCCCAGCGAGGUGUCCAGCCUGGCCCACUGCAGCCAGCACGGCCCCCAGCCAAAGGGCAAUGUGGCCCCCUGGACCAACCGGGAAGUAGAGGUGUUCGGAGGAGCCAUCAAGGUGCCCAGGGAGCCCUGCGCUGCUAAACGCAUCAACACCUCACUGUGAGGGGAAGGGAGCCAGGAACCUUAUUCACAAAGCGUCUCAGAGUAGGACUAGCGAUCGAGGAAAAAUCAAUACAGUUACAUAUCGCAAUACUAUUUUGAACGAUAUUAUAGCAAUACUUUGUGUUAUUGUUGCUAGGUAGCGUUACCUAGAGCUAGUCAGCUAUGCCUGCGCCAAAAAUCUGUUUUUUUGUUGCUCUCCAUCUUCUUUUUAAAUAGUGAGGCAACAUGUUUUCAAUGCUUUUAUUUCCAUGACUGGUCAAAACUUAUUUCUCAUGCUCUCUUGUCUCUCUGCAGCAGACAUUUUGAGAGCAAUAUCUUUGGAACAUCAAAUUGCAAUAAAAUCUCAGUAUCGAAUCAAAAUACAUAUAGAAUUGUGAGAAUCACAAUACAUAUCGUAUUGUCACCUAAGUAUCGUGAUAAUAGUCGUGAGAUCCCUGGCAAUUCCCAGCCAUAAGUAGAACUGUACAUGUCAUAUUAUACAUGUAAUCUUAUUUAUUAUGAUCUAAUAGGCAAAGCUGAUCUUUCAUCAGCAUUUCUACUUCGAGACUGAGAGCCCUGAGCUGUGUUCAGUAGGGCAAAAACAUUGCGGAGGUAACAUAUUUCGAUCUGAACGAUUUGUUAUGUAGAACAGCAGGAAUGCCUAACUGACAUGUAGAUUAAGUAAUCAUGUGAGCUCUAUUCAUCACAUUUCUAACUGCAACGUUCAGUAUAUUGUGCAUUUGUGAAUUUGUGAAGUAAAUUGGCGGGUGGCGCUCGGGUGAAAGGGAGUCGGGGAAUAGGGGAAUGAAGCACAUUGUUAGAAGUGGGAGUAAUACUGGUUUCGUAACUACUCAUAAAGACUAUUUAUCCCUCAAGAGGAAAUGUUGUUUUGCUUUGCAUGUUUUAUUUAUGUUUUACAUCUAGUGUUGGUGAAGUUUAUUCAGAGCUACAGGACAGAGAGUGGGUAGGCUAGCCAUACCUACAUCUACAAUUGAACUGCUGCUUUGGACUUGGUCUGUGGCCAGGCACUAAGCCCUAGGAGCCCAUUUUGUUUUCUCAGUAGGAGCUAAAAAAUUGGGUGUCUAUAGCUUUCUCUAUCCUCUGACUUGUGUCUAACGGAAGGGGAUAACUCAAGUGUACAUUAUGAUUUUAUACAGCAUUUUAUAUGCAGACAUUAAGAACACACAACCGUGUCAGUUUUGCAUUGGUUUGUUAAAGAUUUUUUGUUGUUGUAUCAACUCGCUUCAAAACAGCAUUCUUACGGUCUCUCUUUUCAUAUUCCUUCUCGUUAACAUUUGUAUAAAUCGUCUGUAUCUUAGUAGUGCAGCACGGCUAAUCAUUAUAUAGAUAUAUAGAUAUGACCUCAUUUAAAUUCAAUAACUGUACCCAGUAAUGUGAAUGUGUGGCUUGAAUUGAUCCAGAAAAUAUGUCUUAGACUUUGUCAGUGGUAUUACUCAAGCUUAUUGGCUAACUUUGUUGCACAAUAUGGUAUAGCACAAGGUUUGAUACUUUCUAGACCACCAGAAUAGGUAUUGGUACCAAGUUGUACCGAAAUAUAUUCAAUGUAAAAAGUCAUAGAAAUAACAAUGGGUUUAAAUGCGUCGUUAUGUAUCAAUGCACACCCAUAUAUAAUUCAAUGUAUGGAAUCCCCCUUGAUCUUCGACACCUUGUGACGUGCUGUGAGGUCUGAUGCCGGGUAGGCACAUUGAAUAAAAGCUGUGUUUAUCGGGUCAGACACGAUCACAAAGAUAACCAUCAAACAACCACGACCAACCAUCAAACAGCAGCAGAUAGGCGGCGCAAUCAUUAGACACGCUUUCACAGGCUGUCAUCGCUUGUGCCCCACGCAACAGCCCUGCACGAACAGGCGACUUUCAGCACCACAGACAGCGACCCAAAUGCUAGCGAGUAGGUCUACUUGUAGAUAGCGUGACACACACAAAAUGCCUAGUAGUCAGCACUACUGACUGAGAUGUAUACUUUCACUUCUCUGGGCUAUGUGAUAGACAUGUAAUGUCAUUAGACAUAUAAUGUCAUAACAGUAGACAGCGCUACUGUUUACCUGUAAACAAAGUACAUUUGUCUAUCCUUCUGGGUAAAGACGUCAGUGACUGAACUGUAAAACUCCUCCCUGUUGGCCCUCAGUUUUAAAAGUCUCUUGGUCUCAAUGUGAUGGAGAUGAUGGCAAGGGAUGAGAGUCGUCCUUGAUCGCUCUGUCUUUCGACUGUAUGUCUUUAUCUGUAUCAGCACAGAAAAUGACUUCUCAAUGGAUGCUUCUGUGGCUGGUGUGAUGAGGACCAGCUGCAGUGACUUAGUUGCCUUGUGACAGUCUGUGUCAGGUCACGCUGGAACAAAAAGCUGUGUGUCUGCAUGACACACAACAAGUGUAUGGAAUGUGUCACAAGGUUAAGAAUUGUAUGAAAGACACUUAUAAUUCACAGCAGACAGUAUCUGCCGUAAAAUCAUGAGAACUCAUUGUGUAGAGACCAGUGUUUGCCCCCCCCCCCCCCCCAACUCCACACUGGAGCCAUGUCUCCCUGGUUCCUUAUAGAACAGAAACAUUAACUCAUGCUCUGGAAUGCGGUAUCCCCAAAGACAUUGCAAAUCUUCCAGAGGCCCAUCCUCAGUAGAACACACAGAUGAGCAUUCUAACAACCCCUUAUUAUGUUCCAUAAAACAACCAUUUGAUGCAAAAACAGCAUUAUAACAUAAUCUUGUCAUUUCCACCAUACUGUAAAAAAAAUUCAAUAAGGGAAUGGAAUAGUUCCACAUAGUGGCAUCUAGGCCUGUUUGAUGUGCUGGCACUGUCAUCAUUGCCGCAAAAUGCCAACUUCUGUUUACCUUAGGUAGCAUGCUGUAACAUCAAUUAGCUAGGGCUUUCAAAAUCUCCCGGUUCUCUUUGACCUUUGCAUUGUGCAUGCUGAUGUUCAAUCUCCGUUGUUCAUUCAAUGCCAGAUCUAUCCGCCAGCUGCCAAAUGUCUUAAGAGCUAUCUGGCUUUGGAGGUGAGACAGGUUUCUCAUAGACAAAUUGUGCAAGUCGCAGUAACCGACUCUUAUCCACAAACUGUCGCUGGUGGAGAGCAGCAGGCAGGGGAAGCAGUAGAGCCGGCUGCUAGCAUUGCAGCCACAGAGCCAGUCUUUCUGUUGAUACCGCUCAGAUUGAAAUGAGCGUGUUAUUUCCUGUCCCUUCUUUAGAUGUCGGUCCCUAAACUCAGGUGUUGGUCUUCACACCGUUUCGCUCGAAAACUAUUUGAGAUGCAAUGUGUUAGCCAUCCUAAUCAGCUGACUUUAGCUCGAAGUAAAAUGAAUAUAACCACCAAAAGGCAGCAGGUAAUGUGUGUGACAUCCAUAGGCAGGGGCGAGCUCUGACUAUCCUCUUGCAAAGCUCUCUGCCUGCCUUUCGGCAUCCUUUAGCUGGCAGUAUAAGGUAGAAACACGAAUGUGCAAAUCAUGCCAAUGCCUUUCAUUGAGUUUGGAGUUUGAAGUGCCGGAGAAAGGUACAGGGCGAGGUUGCCUUUCCCCUCGCCUCCUUGUGCAUUUUGUACCAGACCACUGCAAAUUUGGGAAGUAGCAGUACUAGUACUGACAUCUAUUUGAUCAUGCAGAAUUUUGUAAAUGAUUGAUAACAUUUAUAUUUGUUUAUUUUUCAUGAGUUAUUUUUUUCAUUCAUCUUCACACUGCCUACCCUGCCUACCCUGAACGCACGUCACUGUCGCUGUCCCUGGUUAUGACUUAGUGGCAAGUGCCUGUCCGGGUAUCUUUACCCAUAUUAAAAUAAUGUCUAUUCAUUUCUCUGCUGAAGUUAUGAUUCCAACAUCAUUUUGCAGUCUGAUCAGUGUUUUGCCUGCCUCUGGUUUGUUCGGCUUAUGUCUGCACUUCUAUGGUCUAUGUGAUGUUGUGGCAAACUGUACAGCUUAGAAAAUGAAUAAGCCAGAUCUUGAUUAACCAAACAAUGUCUUAUAGCCGGCGUUUGGAAAAUUACUCUUUGAAUUACCUGUAUUUUUUAACAGGUUUUUACUUCAUGUGUAGGUCGAUGUUUAGGCAAAAUUUGGCAUCUUUGUCUUUUUCCUCUCUUUUCCUGUCAAAGUUGGUAUACUCUAUGUGUGAUUAUGUCCUUGUCUUCACUGGUUUUGAAAUGCACAGCCCGAAAAGCUCAAAUGGCCAAAAGUAAAGUCUAUUUUGAAUGUGA